AUGGUGGAGGAAUCUAUGCCUCGGGGGGAGAUAGUCGGUAUCGUUAUCGGCGCUGUGGCCCUCUUUUCCUUGAUCAGUUUCCUUCCAAUGGCAAUCAUGUGGCAACAUCGACGACGAGCUGCUUCCAGGCAUGCCAGCGAAAGUCUACAUCUCACUUCAUCUAUGGAGCAAGUCUCCGUCGAAAGAUGGCUAGAGCAACAGAAUGUGCCCGGUGACACUGCUCUUUACUGCCAGGACAUGUGGUAG